AUGAGCUCUUCUACGUCGGCAGCUGCUGGAGGUGGAGACCUCAUUCACGACGAGGGCGUUAAUCACGCGCUCCAGUUCCAUUUCGAUCACACGCAGGACGUCGAGCAGCUGCUCGAGGUGGCGCGCAAGCUCCUGGCGAGCAAGAACUUCGAGGCCGUUCACGCCUUUGCCGCGCAGGCCCACGAGAAGCUCCAGAUCCUCGAGAAUGCGCGCCGUACGCGCGAUUUGAGAAUGAAGGACCUUACUGAGGCCCUCACGACCAAGGCCUUCGACAAGAAGCUCACCCUCGAGCGGGACCUCUACCAGAUGCUGCCGGCCUACGUCAAGCGGACCGAGCAGGCCCAUCAGCAGCUCGUCCUCUCCAUCUCGCAGGUGGCGCUCUCGGCCGCGCUCACCAAGCGCUCCGACGCCAAGGCCCUCCAGGUCGUCGAUCGCAAGGUCGGCAUCAUCGAUCUCGAAACCCUCGACGACGAAGUCCUCACCGUGGUGCGUCGCUGCCUGAACUACGUCAGGGCACCGGCGGGCGUGGUGACGCUCCUGCAGCAGCUGUCGGCCGAGGGUCUGCCCGAGCUGGUGGUGGAGCUCGGGCCGACGUGCCUGGAGAGCAUCGAGAAGUUGCGCACCGAGUACCAGCAGCGCAGCACGCUCAUGCACGAGCUGGCCGUGCUCGAGCAGGAGAAGGAGCGGCUCAAGCCCAUCAAGAAGCACAUGCCCGACACCCAGUGGAACCGGUACAAGCAGCUGCGCCUGGCCAAGGCCGAGAUCGCGCGCAAUCCGGUGCCCUCCUACGACCCGCAGAGCUUCCAGGGCUACGACCAGCUCACCUUCCAGCUCAUCAGCGCCAUCCUUCAGUCGCUGUUUGACGCUCGGGACGCGCUGGGCAAGAACCUGGAGAACCGGAACUGGAAGCCGACGAAGAAGGAGGACCGCCAGCGUACGCUGCGCUACUCGCAGUGGAUCGAGCAGGCCAUGGGCUGGGCGUUCGGCCCGAACCGCAUCGAGGACCCCAACCAGAUGAUCCAGCUCGCCGAGCUGCUCAACAGCCGCAAGCAGUACUCGGCCGUGCUCGACGUGGCGGUCAAGGUGAGGCACCGCAUCAAGCAGCUCGAGACCUUCAAGAAGGAGUGGGCCGCCCAGUCGGUCGUCCUCCAGGCCCUCACCCAGGAGCGCGAGCAGCUCUACAAGCAGUGGAAGCUGCCCGAAGCCGACAAGUGGCAUCAGCUGUGGCAGCUUGAGCACCAGAAGCUCAUCUACAACUCCUACCCUGGUUAUUACUGGACUUCGUUCGACUAUCUGUACCUCAACAUCUCCAAGCUGAUGUUGACGGCGGUGAUCGACAUGAAGCAGCAGAACAAGGAAACGGAGAUGAGCGAGGACACCAGCCGCAAGGUGCAGGCCAUCAUGGACGAGGUCGACGACCCGCAGCAGCUGUGCGAGCUCGCGCGCCACAUCGAGAAGCGCGACGAGAGCGAGAUCGUCAUCCGCCUGGGCGAGAAGUGCCAGCGCAACAUCAAGGAGGUCGAGGACCUGCGCCUCAUCCGUGCGCCGCUCACCCGCGAGCUCCUCGAGCUCGAAACCGAGCAGCAGAAGCUGGCCAAGGACAAGAAGCACUUGCCGCCGUCGCAGCAGGCGAGGCUGAAGGAGCUGCAGGAGCAGAUCGCGCAGCUGCCGGCGUGGCCCGUGUACGGCAACGUGCUCGACCCGCACCAGUACGACAACCUCAGCCUCGACGUCGUGCGCGUCAUGACCUCGGCCAUCCUCGACACCAAGAGCGCCCUCGAGAAGCGCAUCGCCGAGAUGUUUAGGAAGCAGGACCCGAAGACGAUCGAUAGGAAGAAGAUCGAGCGCGACAGGCAGGACAUCAAGAACCGCAUCAACACGAUGGUGCAGCUGUGCCUGCAGAAGUUCGACAACCCGUCGUACCUGCUCAAGUUCGCCAAGGACAUGCGCAAGCGCAAGGAGGCCGAGGUCGUGCUCCAGAUCGUCGACAAGGCCAUCGCGCGCAUCAACGACAUCGAUGAGGAGCGCCAGCGCCGCUACCCGCUCGUCAAGCUCAUCGCCGACAUCCGCGAGGAGGAGAAGAAGCUCUUUGCCGCAUCCAAGAAGAAGCUCGACGACGAGAAGCUCAAGCAGCUCCAGGACGCGGAGGAUCAGCUCGCGGCGCUGCCGACGUGGCCUCACUUUGCGCAGGUGCACAACUACCACCAGUACGACCGGGACAGGUCGAGGGUGAUCCAGACGGCGUUCAAGGCCGUCAUCGAGGCCAAGGAGGCGCUCGAGCAGCAGAUCGCCACCGAGCGCUUCAACAAGUCGGCCUCGAUGAUGGCGAUCGAGGGUCUCGACGAGGGCGGCGACCAUUCGAUCGAGAAGAAGUUUGGCGAACAGAAGCUGAAGGUGCAGAGCUGGGUCGACCACGCCGUCAAGCUCGCCCUCACCAACGUGCGCGACCCCGAGCACCUCGUCAAGCUCGUCAAGCUCGCCAAGCGCAAGAAGGAGAUCAAGAUCGCGCAAGAGGUGGCGAAGAACUGCUACAACCGCAUCGCCGGGCUGGAGCAGAUGCGCGAGCACAAGGACGCCGUCGCGGAGCACAUCGCGCUGCUGCAGGAGGAGCGCACCGAGCUCGUGGCCAAGAAGAAGACCCUCGACGCCCCGCAGGCCAAGAACCUCACCGAGCUCGAGGCCCAGCUCGCCGCCGUGCAGCCCCUCCCCCAGUUCCUCUCGACUGCGGACGAGCACGAUGACAUGAGCAACCGCGUGACCACUCUUUUGCUCGACGCCACCCUCGAGAAGGCGGCCGAGCUCGAUGCCAAGAAGAGAGGCGAGGAGGUGACGUUCGAGCAGAUCGACGCCUUCGAGACCGAGAAGCAGGAGCUGCUCGAGACCACCAUGACCCUGGCCAAGAACUACACCCGCAACCCCCAGACCAUGGUCAAGUUCCUCCGCCGCCUCCGCGACAGCAAGCAGUUCGACUUUGCGGUGCAGAUGGGCGACCAGUGCCGUCUGCGCCUGUUCGAGCUGGCCCAGUACCGUCUGGAGACGCAGCAGCAGGAGAAGCAGCGCGACAAGCUCCUCGCGCUCAAGGAAGUGACCGACCGCCAGCGCAAGUCGCUCCCCAUCGAACAGACCGACGCGUUGCGCGAGGUGCUGCUGGUGCUGCGGAUCAAGGCCCAGCAGCCGUCCUACUUUGGCACGUCGAUCGACUACCACGCGCUCAACCACAACCUCACCGUGGAGAUGGUCGAGACGGUGCUCCAGAAGCGCAAGCACUGGGAGGACUCGAUCGCCAUGAACGACGACCUGUCGGCCGACGACAUCGAGGUCCAGCGCAAGUACCUCACCGAGCUGCUGGCCAACGUCGUCAAGAACUGCCUCCUCAACAUCCGCGACAUUCCCACCCUCAUCCGCCUCGCCACCGAUUUGAAGGGCAAGCUGCAGUACGAUCUGGUGGUGGCGGUGGGUCUGCACUGCGAGGAGAUCAUCGCCGAUAUCAAGCAGGAGAUCGAGCACCAGGAGCAGCUGCGGGCGCACCACAAGGAGCUCGAGCAGCAGAUCCUCCUCUUCUCCAUCGCCUCGGCCGACACCAAGCCCAAGGAGAAGCGCGAGGUCAUCGAGCAGCGCCUGCAGGAGUCCAAGGCCCGCAUCGACGCGCUGGCGCCGAUCGAAGUGGACAACACCACUCUCGACGCCUACACGCUUCAGAUCACCGACCUCAUCAUGGACGCCGCCAAGAUCGAAGGCCUCGACGACGUUCUUCGCGACCAGGCCAUCCUCGCCUUCAAGACGGACGUCAAGACGGAGCGGUGGGACCAGGUGCGCGACUUGUGCAGCGAGGAGGAGUGGGCCUCGAUCAAGCAGGACCUGGUGAUCUACGUGCUCAAGCAGGAGGCCAGCAACGUGCGGGCCAAGAUCGAGCUGCUCAUGAAGGACGGCCUCUACGCGCAGUGCAUCACCAUCUUCCCGUCGCCGUCGGGCGAGGCCGGCGAGAUGGAGCUCCUCGAGCAGCUGUGGAAGGAGCUCGAGCGCAACCAGCCCACCGCCCUCGACCAGCUUCUCGGCACCGUCUCCCGCUACAUGAAGCGCUACUACCAGGAGUUCCGUCAUGAGGAGGUGGACGGGCUGCUCGACCGGGUGCAGCUGCACUUCCCGGCGGUGAUGUCGACGCUGCUCGCGGCGGCGACGGACAUGAUGCUGCUCAACAUCCUGCCCUCGCAGUACAACCAGUUCGUGGCGUGCCUCAAGAGCUUCAAGCGCCGCCUCAACGGCGUGCUCAACCGGCCCCAGGACUGGGACGAGUUCUUCACCAACUUCAAGAAGAAGCACCGCGGCAAGAAGAGGCUCAUCCAGAUGGCUUCGUUGAUUGGCGACAGCAGCUGGGACAUCGGCGCUCUGAUGGCCAACCGUAAGCUCAAGCGCGAGAAGCCGGAGCCGCCGUCGGACGACUUUGGCGCGAGCCCUUCGUCGUCGUCGUCGAAGGCCAAGGCCCCGAAGGCGGCCGCCAAGAAGCCUGUUCUCGCCCCGCGGCCCAAGUCCACGCGCGCGGCCAAGAAGCGGAAGCUCGCCGACGACGAGGUCGACACGUCGGCGCUGGUGGGCCUCGAGGAGGAGCGCGACGAGGCCGAGGAGGAGCGGGAGGCGCUCGGCAUGGAGGAGGGCGAAUCCGAGUACCAGGAGGAACCCGCUGCUGCGGCUGAGGACGAAGAGGACUACUAA